UGCCAAGGCGUGGAGCCAGGCUUACUUUGGAGAAGGCUCAGGCCCUGUGCUGCUGGAUGAAGUGCGGUGCACGGGAAAUGAACUAUCGAUAGAAGAGUGUCCAAAAAGCUCCUGGCGAGAACACAACUGCGGCCACAAAGAAGAUGCUGGCGUUUCCUGCACACCUCUCACAGAUGGUGCAUUAAGACUAGCAAGUGGGAAAGGCAGUCACGAGGGACGCCUGGAGGUCUAUUAUACGGGGCAGUGGGGCACAAUCUGCGAUGAUGGGUGGACAGAGCUGAAUACACAGGUGGUUUGCCGGCAGCUGGGAUUUAAGUAUGGAAAAAGUGCACCUGAGAGCUACUCAGAAGGAAGCUCUGGGCCCAUCUGGAUGGACGAUGUCAGCUGUUCAGGGAAGGAGACAAACCUUCUGCAGUGCUCAAGGAGAGAGUGGGGAAAGCAUGACUGUGACCAUCAGGAGGAUGUCAGACUCAUCUGCCAUCCAGAUAACGACAGCCAUAAAUUCUCACUUGGUCCUCCCAUCAGGCUGAUGGAUGGUGAGAAUAAGAAGGAAGGACGUGUAGAGAUUUUUAUCAAUGGCCAGUGGGGCACAAUUUGUGAUGAUGGAUGGUCUGAUAAGGAUGCAGCUGUAGUUUGUCGACAGCUUGGCUACAAAGGUCCGGCUAGAGCAAGGACAAUGGCAUAUUUUGGAGAGGGCAAAGGCCCUAUCCACGUGGAUAAUGUGAAAUGUACAGGAAACGAGAGAUCCUUGGCAGACUGCAUUAAGCAGGACAUUGGGACACACAACUGCCGUCACAGCGAGGACGCGGGGGUGAUCUGUGACCACCUAAGCAAGAAGGCCCCUGGGAACAGCAAUAAAGAUUCUCUUGCUUCUGUUUGUGGACUGAGGUUACUACACCGUCGACAAAAGCGAAUAAUUGGUGGGAAAAAUUCUUUACGGGGCGGCUGGCCAUGGCAGGUUGCACUCCGACUGAAAUCUUCUCAUGGUGAUGGAAGACUCUUGUGCGGUGCUACUCUCAUCAGCAGCUGCUGGGUCCUCACUGCUGCACAUUGCUUUAAAAGGUAUGGCAACAACACUCGGACCUAUGCUGUGCGAGUUGGCGACUAUCACACGCUGGUACCCGAAGAGUACGAGGAAGAAAUUGGAGUCCAACAGAUUGUGAUGCAUAAAGAGUACAGGCCUGACAGCAGUGACUACGACAUUGCACUGGUGAGGCUACAGGGGCCAGAGGAACAGUGUGCCAGAUUUAGUACCCACGUCUUACCUGCUUGUUUGCCAUUGAGGAGAGAGAGACCACAGAAAACUGCUCCCAACUGCUAUAUCACUGGAUGGGGUGAUACAGGAAGGGCCUAUUCAAGAACAUUACAACAGGCUGCCAUCCCCUUACUUCCCAAGAGAGUAUGUGAAGAGCGUUACAAAAGAAGAUUCACAGGAAGAAUGCUCUGUGCUGGAAACGUCCAGGAACAGAGACGUGUUGAUAGCUGUCAAGGAGACAGUGGCGGACCACUGAUGUGUGAACGUCCAGGGGAAAGCUGGGUUGUGUAUGGCGUGACCUCCUGGGGCUACGGCUGUGGAGUGAAAGAUUCUCCAGGUGUCUACACAAAAGUAUCAUCUUUUGUACCCUGGAUAAAAAGCACCCUAAACACAAAUUAUUCCCGCCUAGAACCUUACUUCUAA